GAAAGUGUAAGACGACAACUAAAUGGAAAUCGCAAGUCUAUUGAAAACUUACUGGAAGAGCUUACAACGCUUAGGACUCCCAUCAGAGGAAGAUGGUGAAUAUACAUCUACACCAACACAUACUAUUAUGGCAUUGGCUGCUAUAGCUCUGUCUAAUGAAAGUGAUAUUUUGCCACAGAAAACAACUGCAGUGCACUCUAAGAUUCCAGAUAUUGAAAGUGAGUCCGAUUUGUUUUUGACCUCAGCAAAACCUAAAACGUUGGUCGAAAUAGAGGAUAUAAUAUUACAACUCGCAUCAGCUGUUAAUAUGCAUCAAUCCAGCGCUGCUAGCACCACUCAUGAAUCCUACAGUGAUAGUGUUAAAAGCGAUUGCGAAGAAUCAAACUCAGCACCCACUUGCAUAUGGCAUUCGACAAGGCGAACCUUUCGCCGCAAAAAAGACGUUGAGCCUUGUAGCACUGCAGCUGAGAUUAUUUUAGAAUAUGCUUCAUUGUCUUCAUCUUCUCCCGCUGAAACCUCCCGCUUGCUUACAUCUGCAUCAAAUUUUACAGAUGUUACAGAAAAUUAUAAUGUCACAACGCAAUUGCCUAUUGUGUUUAAUUACAAUCGAGAAAGUUCAGCUGUGUCAAUCAUUACCGAUCCUCUAAUUCUUCCUGAGUUUUCUACUGCACCUUCAACCCCAUCGACUAGUAGUAAUAGUGGAUGCUCUACUGGAAUGGUUACUGGAAUUUUCGGGCUAAGUCAAAACCGAAGAAAACAAAGACUUGCAAGGCACAUUGAAACUCUGCCUACGAAUUCUUUUAAAUCGAAUGCAAUUAGGGGAAAUGGUGACAACGAAAUCGCUAGUCAGCUAAAAACGUCGCCAUCAAUUACAGCAUCGACGACUGAAAAUGUUCCCCAUUUAAUUACUAAGACAUUGUCUUCGCCUAAUGCAUCUUUAACAGCGCAGGAACUUUCCAUAACUAAUCUGUUUAAAGAACGCCUAUGCGCUUUACAGGGGAAUGCCGGAUCAAUGAAGACUGAAAUUUUUCCAAUAAUAGAUGCCCCAUACGACUUAAGUAUUGGAAGCAAGACAAAACACAUGUAAUUUUAUAUAGCUUAACUUGGUUAAACCCUUUAUUUCUUUGUAAAACUGUUGAA